ACACAGACGGCGACUUCUAUGAAGCGCGAAUCCUGCAUCUCACUGGUAAGUGACACGUCAAGCUCCAUUCGUACCCUUUCGUAGUGAUGUCCUGGAUCGAAGAGCGUGCGUUGUGUAUAGGCAGCGGCCGUAGUGACAUAACUUAAGUCGGGAAGCAGCUUAUCUAGACCUUUUCACACAAUGUGUGUUACGCCUCGAAAGUGGCGGUAGCAUUACCUGUAUGUGCAUUCACUUGGAGUCUUUAAUUUUCAAUAUACGCUAUCGCACAAUGAUUGCACCAUGAGCAUUUCAUGUAGGCGUGCUUCAAAACGGCUGUAGAGUCUCCAAAAGGCGGCGUCUUUCCUUGGAUUGUAACGGCGUUGUCGUGCUUGCAGGAACAUUAUGCAAGUAGGCCUUGUAGGAUAUUUGUGUCUGCGUGUGUUUGGGUUGCAUCCCACAACGUUAUAUUAUCUGCAGAAUCGAUGGAGGAGAUGCAGGCCUACAUGGAGAAGCGCCCCAGGAAGGUGUUGGUGGACUUGCCAAAAGGGCGAAAAAGGAGCAAAGAAAAGGUGGAGCAGUCCCAAAAGAAGUUAAGGACUCAAGUACGCGAGAGGUCGGAGCUGCAGCUGGCGGACGAAGUCCUGCAGGACGAUGAGUCUGACUUUGUCCCGAGGAGUGCAUAUGCAGCUUUACAGCUGCAGCUGCAAGCUGUGCAAAAUGAGCUGGACAGCUUGCGCGCCCAGUUCACUGAAAAUGCUCAAGUAGUCUCCUCGGCGCAGCAGGUUCCUGAGGAUCAAGGCAGUGCCUUGCCAAGAGGCACUUGCAUAUGUGCCGAGGAGCACUACAAGGAGCUGAAUGAAGAAGUGCGGCAGCUUCGUGCCAGGAACAUGGAGCUGCAAAAGACACUCUGUUACAAGCUUUUUCAAAGUGAAAGCAGAGUUGUCUAUGCCACAUCGUUCGAUGUGUCAGUACGGGCGCAGCCGGACCCUGUCACCCCUUCGAACAUUGGAGGCAAGUUCUAUCUUCUGCUGUGUGUUCUAGUUUAA